AUGGCUCAAUCCGUCCCACCAGGAGACAUCCAAACCCAACCAAACGCCAAGAUCGUCUUCAAUGACACCAACAACGACCGUAUCACCGUCGAGUGGACCAACACCCCAGACGGAGCUGCCAAGCAAUUCCGCCGCGAGUGGUUCCAAGGAGACGGUAUGGUUCGUCGCAAGAAACUCCCAAUCGAGUACAACCCAUAA